AAAUGGAGCCUCUCACAACUACUUAUCCUCUGAAAUAUUCAGUGCCCAAAGCCAGGGUCUUUGUUGUCUUUCUGUCAAUGGUUUUGUGUACCGCCAUUCUCUGCCUGCUGCAACUCAGAUUUUUUAAACCUAAAAUCAAAGAUUUUUAUUCUUUCGAGGUCAAGGAUUCACGAGGAAGGAUCGUUUCCUUGGAGAAGUACAGAGGGAAAGCAACUUUGGUUGUAAACGUGGCCAGUUACUGCCAACACACAGACAAAAACUACAUCGCACUGCAAGAACUACACAGAGAAUUUGGCCCCUCCCACUUCACUGUGCUGGCUUUUCCCUGCAACCAGUUCGGAGAAUCAGAGCCUAGUUCAAGCCAGGAAAUAGAAUCUUUUGCCAAAGGAAACUAUGGAGUAACCUUCCCUGUUUUCCACAAAAUCAAGAUCCUAGGAUCAGAAGCAGAGCCUGCCUUUAAAUUUCUAAUAGAUUCUUCAAAGAAAGAGCCUCGAUGGAAUUUCUGGAAGUACCUUGUCAGCCCUGAGGGUAAAGUUGUAAAAUUCUGGAGACCUGAAGAGCCCAUAGAAAGUAUCAAGCCAGAAGUAGCAUCAUUAAUCAGGCAGAUUAUCAUGAAAAAAAGAGAAGACCUCUGAAAAAGCCAUUCAUGCUGUAAAUCCAUUCAAUAGCAUGGGUACACAGCCUUACUACAUUCCUGGGAAAUGCUGCUAGAAGCUAAAACAUCAGUGAUUUUACUUCUCUUUGGUGUUAGUAUUUUCAGCUAUACUAUGUCUACUAAUGUUGGAUUGGCUCCUGCAACAGCCUUGAGAACCACUGAGGUU